AUGCUUUACGCCGUGCUUCCCCCCGCCUCCGACCCGCUUCCCCCGCUUCCCUCCGCCCAUGCGCGCGACUCUUCUCCCGCAAACAGCGCGCGCAACUCGCGCGGCGCCGCUGCGGUUGACGGGGCGGCGCAUGAGCGGAAGGGAGCGCACGCGCGGGCGAAAUCGUGGGACGUAGGGGCGGGCGCGGAAGGCGGGGGGGAGGGGGGAAGAGCAGCGGACGCGGGGGGAGGAGCUGCGGCUCCGCGGUUAGUGCCCGCCAUGAUGACGUCACUGUCGCUCACUGUGGAGUGCCUGAUGACGACAGCAAGUGUCAGCAUACAGGGCACGUGGGAAGUGGGGGAGUAUGGGGGGGGACGCGGGCAAGGGGGCGGAGGGGGGGGCGGAGGGGAUGCGGGAGGAAAUGGUGGGGGAGAUGGUGGGGGGGAUGGUGGGGGCAAAGGGGAGGAGCAGCAGCGGCAGCAGUGCUGCGACUGCCUGUUUGUGCUGCCCACGUCUCACAGGGCCUCUGUGACUGCAGUCGAGGUAACGCUAGCAGAUGGAAGGUUCCUCGCAACUGCAGUGCUCCCAGCGGACGAGGCAGAGGCAGCGUGCCGGGCGAGCCAAGAGCGGGCGGCAGCCGCCCACUCCGCCGCCCAGCCCGUGCCGCCCAGGCCCGCCCGGCCCUCGUUCCUGCGCCUGUCGUCUGCUAGCUUCAGCAGGAGCGGCAGCAGCAGGCAUCGGUGGAAAAGCCAAGAGGGAGUGGAAGAUGGGGAUGGGAGGGCUGAAGCGAGUAGAGAGGGCGAGUGGGGAAAGAGCAGUGGGAAGGAGGGUGGUGUGAGUGGGGGUAUGGAGAGAGGGGAGGGUGGGGGUGAAAGUGGUGAGGGUGGUGAGAGUGGGAGGAGAAGGGGAGGGAAUGGUGAUGAGGAUGAGGAGGAGGAGGAGGUGGAGGGGAGUGCAGGGCAGCGGCAGCGGUGUGUGGCGAGGCGGCAUGCAGCCGUGCUGCUGGAUGAGAGUCCUGUGCACACGCCCCACAUGCUACGGCUCAGAAUACCCAAGGUACCACAAGGCAGCAGUGUGCGCGUGCGGGCGACCUACGUGGAGGCGAUGGCAGGGCGGCAGGGGUACAGCAGCAGUGUGCGCGUGCGGGUGACCUACGUGGAGGUGAUGGCAGGGCGGCAGGGGUACAGUGAGAUGAGCGUGCCGCUGACAGUGCCCUUGGAGUGCGUGCCUGGCGACCUGGCAGUGCAGGAUGUGGUGCGAGUGAGCUGUACCAUCAACAGCGGGCUGCAGUGCCCCAUGAAGAUCGGGGACUUUAAUCACCCAAUGAAGGUGGUGUUUGUGGACUUGGGGCGAGCCACGUUUGUGGGCCAUCAAAGCGAUGACGACCCCGACGCCUGGCCCAACGCCGACUUCACCAUCUCCUUCCAGGUGGUGACAGAGGACGUGAGUGCAGCAGUGCUUGUGCAAGCGCCUCUCAUCGGAGACCCGGACCCUCGAGCCUCCUUCGCCCUUUCAAUAGCUCCUCCCGAUCCCGCCCAGUUCUCAGUCUUCAGCCGGGCAGUGGUGUUCAUUCUCGACAGUGAGUGCGGACUGAGGGGUCGCCCAAUGGAAGACGCGCGCAGGGCAGUAGCGGGAGCACUAAAACGCUUAAAGCCGCACGACUCGUUCGCAGUGGUGGCGUUUGAAUUUGAGCUGCUGCUGCUGGACGACGAGCUCGAGGCCGCCUCGCCUGAGGCGGUGCGCCGCGCGUGCAAGUUCGUGCUGCAGGCGCAUGACUGGCCGCAGCCGGUUAAUGUGCUCACGCCGCUGCAGCUGGUGGGUGGAGAGCGGCCCACUCAGCUGUCCUCGUCUCAUAAUCCCUCUCUGGCCUCAUACUCUGCUCCUGCAUCCCAUCCACACCCCAUCCACACCCCAUCCACAUCCCAUCCAUUCCCCAUCGCAUACCCCAUCCAUAAUCCAUUCCAUACCCCAUGUCACACUCCAUCUCCCACCCUGCGCAUGUGUGCCCCAUCGCCACCAGGCGUUCAGGAUGCUGAGGGGCCACACGGCAGCGCUGCAGCAGAUUGCACUUAUCACAGGAAGGCCCUACACUUUGCACCCCAUUCCACCACACACCACCAGGCGUUCAGGAUGCUGAGGGGCCACACGGCAGCGCUGCAGCAGGUGGUGCUCAUAACCGACGGCCCGGUGCGGGCGGAGCGCCGCGCGUGCCACUGGGUGCAGCGCGCCCUGGCUGACUGGGGGGGCACCGCCCCUCGCAUCUCCACCUUUGGCAUCGGCCCAUCGGUGAAUCCUUUCUUCCUCAAGUGGCUGGCUGCUGCCACCCAUGGCUCUUCACAGGUCACCCGCAAUCCAGCGGAGGUGCGGCGGCGGCUGGACGGGAUGCUGCAGGCCAUGGCUCGCCCGAUCGUCACCAACAUUGCCAUCCGUGACCUGCCGCCCGCCUGUGAGCUCUACCCUUACCCCAUCCCGGACCUCUAUGCAUCGGGGCCAGUCGUGGUGAGCGGCCGAAUGGGCGACGAGGGGCCAGCAGCAGGCGGAGCGGAGGGCGGAGGGGGUCUGCCACUGCACGUGGAGCUGAGGGGCGUGCUGGCCAGUGGGGCUCCGUGGAAGUUCAGAGCUGCCCUCUCUGACGCCGGCAACCUGCCGCUCUCCUCCGUGGGGGCGGGGGAGCGGGUGGCCAUCCUCACAGCCGAUGCAUGGCUUCACAGCGACCCACACCUGCACCAGGCGGCAUGCGCGAUGAGUGUGGGGGCGUCAGUGGUAUCAGAGCACACACGCAUGCUGCUGCUCGACACCACCCGGUCUCUGCUGGACCAGCUGCACACCGAUCAGCUGCAGGGCCAUGUGAGGCCUCUACACCACUACGUACGGUCGCCCACCGCCCCUGUCACCAUGGUUCCGGGCCUCACGGCUGGGUUCGGAAGCACCCAGUCCCGCCCUGCUUCCACCAAACCAAAUGGGGAGGUUCGGAGUCAGCAGCGGCAGCACAGGCGCAUGGGUUCGUGCGUGUCGUCAGGCGAGUGGGAGUACGACGGGUGCGAGGAGGAGGACAGCCACAAUCGAUUGCUCGUCUCGCCCUCACUGUCGCAAAGCAUUCUAGGAAGCGUACUUGCUUGUUACCGUCCCAAAUUUAGGUAA